UGGGGAAGGGAACACUCUUCCUCCUCCUCCAAACUUCUAUUUAUUCCCCCUCGCCCCACCCCUCCUCCCCUCACAAAUCUCCCAUUGCCACUGUGAUACACACACUCUCUCUCUCUCUCUCUCUCUCUCUCUCUCUCUCUCUCUAAAAUGUCUCUCUGUGCGUUUUUCUUUUUGGGAUUUCUCUCCCUCGCCUCAACAGCUCUUGGUUAUGGCACUGGGGCAUGGGUUGAUGCCCAUGCCACUUUCUACGGUGGGGGUGAUGCCGCAGGCACAAUGGGUGGAGCUUGUGGGUAUGGGAACCUUUAUAGCCAGGGAUAUGGGACGAACAACGCGGCUCUGAGCACCGCACUGUUCAACAGCGGCUUGAGCUGCGGGGCUUGUUUCGAGCUAAAGUGUUUGAAUGACCCAAAGUGGUGCCUGCCGGGCUCCAUUCUGGUCACUGCCACCAAUUUCUGCCCUCCAAACAAUGCUCUGCCCAACAAUGCAGGGGGGUGGUGCAACCCUCCUCUCCAGCACUUUGAUCUCUCUCAGCCUGUCUUCCAGCGCAUUGCCCGAUACAGAGCUGGGAUUGUGCCCGUCGCUUACAGGAGGGUACCCUGCAGGAAGAGGGGAGGCAUCAGAUUCACCAUCAACGGCCACCCUUACUUCAACUUGGUGCUAAUCACCAACGUGGGAGGCGCCGGUGACGUUCACGCGGUUUCCAUCAAAGGAUCAAGAACAGGGUGGCAGCCAAUUUCAAGGAACUGGGGUCAGAACUGGCAGAGCAACUCCUACCUCAACGGACAAGCCCUCUCUUUUGAGGUUACCACCAGCGACGGCCGCUCUGUCGUCUCCAACAACGUCGUCCCCGCUAGCUGGUCCUUUGGCCAGACCUUUAGCGGCGGGCAAUUCCCAUAGACACCCAUAGUGUCUCCGCCACAAGCAUUGAAGAUAAAACAGUAGUGCUAUAAGAUUAAUUAUAUAUAUAUGUCAUAAAAGAGUCAGUAUUAGCCAAGUCUAAGAAGGGCUAAUUUUAUGAUGGCUUUUUGUCAUUUGAUUGUGAGGAUUCUGCUCUGCCUGUUUUAAAAAGGUAGGCAGAGAUUGGCAGUGGUGGGCAUUUGCAAGUUACCACCCGCCACUUAUUUUGAUUAUUUGUAUUGAAGUUGUUCUGUCAAUUGUGUUCUCUAUCAGUCUGAGGGUUCUAAGGAAUGAAUUUAUUAUGUGUUCAUCGAUCCCUCCACUGGCAUAGUUCAGUGAUUUGAGAUUAUAUUGUCUGUAAGUUUAUGUUAUAUCUCGGAUCAGUUCUUUAUGAUUACAAAAUUUGGGAGUUUUUGUGUUAA